UUGUACAAGAAAAGGGGUUGGGUCGUCCGUUAACAGUAGAUCCCGUUGUUUUGACUUGUUCAGGUUGUCGACCGAAAGCAAAACCAAAGCUCCGCUGAAAUUUAACUAGAAUCGGUAGAAAUUAGCCGCUUGUCCGAUCGAGUCGCCGGGAAAAGGAGCGACUUGAUCUGUCUAAUAUCGGUCGUUUGAAAAAUCAGGUCGAAAGGGAUGCCGCUGCAGCGAGACUCCGAGGAACGCCAACAGUCUUUGGAUGUGAUCUCGUCGCAUUUAAUCGGAAAGAGCAGUUUCUGUAUAAACCUAAAAAGUCUCAGAAUAACUCCAUCUCGACCGAGUGCUUUUGAAACAUACUCAAGCUCAAGUUCACAUUAAAAAGGCUCCGCAGUUUCAGCGAAAAGCUACUAAUAAUCAGCAAGCUAACGGCUAACGGGCUAGCUAGUGAACAACAAAGCGCGGAUCGUUAAUCCUCGGUGACCUCUUCGCUGCAGAGGUCGACUAGCCAACCGUGCGGACGGCUGCUUGAGAUUUUCAACCAGUUUCCUGCGUUUGCUGAAGAAAAUUGUCAAGACUGCCAUGAAGCUGUUGGAAAACUCCAGUUUUGAAGCUCUCAGCUCUCGACUGUGCGUUGAAACUGGAGAGUCUCGCAUCCUUGGCAGGAUCGAGAGCUACUCCUGUAAGAUGGCAGGAGAUGAUAAACACAUGUUCAAGCAAUUCUGUCAGGAGGGUGAGCCACACGUCCUGGAGGCCCUUUCGCCCCCUCAGUCCACCAGCACCACCAGCCCUUCACAGCUGGGGAAGAGCAGCGAGGACGGGGAGAACCCUCUAAGUGAUAAAGUUUGCAGGAAGACCCUCUUCUACCUCAUCACUACGCUCAACGAGUCCUUCAGGCCGGACUACGACUUCAGCACUGCUCGGGCCCACGAGUUCAGCCGCGAGCCCAGCGUCAACUGGGUGGUGAAUGCAGUAAACAGCAGCUUGUUCUCCGCCGUGGGGGAGGAGUUUAACUCUCUGGGACCGGAGCUGUGGAAUGCCAUCGAUCAGGAGAUCAAUCUGCAGAGCUGUGACAUCUACAGCUACAACCCAGACCUGGACUCGGAUCCUUUUGGAGAAGAGGGGAGCCUCUGGUCCUUUAACUACUUCUUUUACAACAAGAAGCUGAAGAGGAUCGUGUUCUUCACGUGUCGCUCUGUCAGUGUGUUAAGUGGUUACGGUCGUGGAUGUCUCGAUAACGAGCUGGACAUGGAGCUGGAAGACGAGGAGGAAAUGGACGGCUUCACAGAGGAAGGGUGUCCCAGGGCUCUGUGUGUGUAAGGUGGACAGAGGUGACCCAUCCAAAGAAUCUCCAUAUUCGUCAUGUUUUUUAACCUGUGGGAUUGUGCUGCCUCAUCCCAAAGCCAUUUUUACUUACUUUACUUUACAAGAUGACUGCAUGUUUGUUUCUGCUCCUGGUGAGCUGUGGGAGGAAGUGGACGUUUUGAAACGACGCCCCACAGCAACAAUCGAGCUCCUUCAGCUCCAAACAAAAACCCCUGCUGGUGGAUUAAUGGUAGAGACUGUUGGAGAGUUUAGUGGGCGAGAAGCUCGGAUAACGGCAAGAACCUGGAGUCUGGUCCAGAGGCCCGUCGAACUGAACAGCUGAUCCUUCUGUGUUUCUUCUUAAUGUGAUGUUUGACGUUCUCAGAUAAGCCUUUAUUACAAACGUUGUGUGGUAGUGAUUUACUGCAGAUGUCCUCCAGUUCCUGACCAACAAGCAUUUAUCAUUUUCACCGGGUAUUAGUGAUUUCAUCCACUGACCGCCCUGAUUUGCUCAUUUUGCUGCAGCAGCUCCAUAAACCUGAAUGUAUAGAUUAAUACUGGAUAACUUUUUAGAUUAAAAAGCUUAUUUUAUGUUUUAUUAAAAUAUGGGAGGAGCUUCAUCCUUUAACUCCAGUGCUUGUGAUUUUUGCUCGUGUUGCAGAUUGUAAUAAAUUGGUGUUUGUAUCUGA